UGAGAGAGUUGAGUAUCUGUCUGUCAGUCAGUCACGUGAAGACGACGAUGAAGACGUGUGGUGUAGCUCUCCUGGUGGUGGUGCUGGCGAUCAUGGUGUCUGCUGAAGAAGACGAUUCUACAAAACACUGCCACAAGCCUGACGCGGAACACCCCGAGCCUUGUGGUGGGGUGGUGGCUGAGGUCAAGACGUGCCCGGAGCCCUACUUCCUAAUAGGUAACAGGUGCUACUGGUUCCCUGACGCCCUGAGAGAGAUGGAGGAUUCUCACGUGUACUGCGCCGUCAGGGACCCCGAUGGACACACCGCUACCCUGGCUGUCCUCGACGACUGUGAGACCUUCGCCAGCGUCGCCAACUACAUCGCUAAUUUAAAGUCUAACAAGAGCUACUGGCUGGGCGGGACGGAUUUCUUCGAGGAGGACAACUGGUUCUGGCUCAACAAGAAGAAGGUCCUAACGGGGGCGCCGUUCUGGGAACCCGGCCAGCCUGACGGAGGCUUAAAGGAGAACAACCUCAUUAUCAAUCAUCACGGCCACUUAGAGGACAGAGACCCUUCCGAACUUCACCCCUUCAUCUGUCAACUUAAGUGACCUUUGACCUUAGAAUAGUCUCACCUCCUAUGACGUCCUCUGAGCAUGAAUUGUGAAGGUAGGGCAGGUCAGGUCAAAGGGUCACUGAUACAUAAUAGCAUCUAGAGGUCGUCUUAAACCACCAACUUCUCAGGUCUUACAAGAUUUUAAACCCUAAUAAAAAUUGUCAUCGUAA